AGUUUUAUUUAAUAUUUUAACCUGAAAAAUAAGCAUUAUUUUAGGUGAUUUCUUCUCUGUUUGGCGCGUAUGUAAACCACCAAAACACAUAGAAGGAAGAAAGAUCAAAUGCCAUCGCUUUGAAAGCUGGUAGAGAGAGAGAGAGAGAGAGAGAGAGAGAGAGAAAACCAAAACCAUAAAACCAAGCACUGAGCGAGUCUGUGUGUGAGAGUGAAAGAAGGAAAAUAAAACAAAUAAAAAAAAAAGAAAAAAAAAUCCCCAAAGCAAAAUCCAAACGAAGAAAACUCGUUCUUCAGUUUCUAACACUAGCUCUCUUUCUCUCUCUUAAUACGAGCGCAGACACGAGGCGCCCCCCAUUUGAUCGGAGCCUCAUUCUGUUAACUGUCCGAAAGCCGGUACAAUUUCGUCCGCUUCCGUCCGGUUCCGCGAAUUUCGGAUGGACCGGUACGGUUGGACACAAGAGGGCUCGCAGUCCGAUCCGUCAAAGGAAUGGACGGCUCCGGGACCUGAAACUGAGCUUGAAGAGGGUGUUUGGCAGCUGGGAUUAGGGGAAGGGGAAUCCGGGUACCCGGAGAGACCCAACGAGGCUGAUUGUAUCUAUUACUUGAGGACCGGGUUUUGCGGGUACGGGGCUAGGUGUCGGUUCAAUCACCCGCGUGACCGAGGCGCGGUAAUAGGGCCUGUAAGAGCUGGUGCUGGGGAGUUUCCUGAGCGAGUGGGCCAGCCUGUGUGCCAGUAUUACAUGCGGACAGGGACAUGCAAAUUUGGUGCUUCCUGCAAGUACCAUCAUCCUAAACAGGGAGGUGUUUCUGUUAGCCCUGUGUCACUAAAUUAUUCAGGGUACCCGAUACGUCCGGGUGAAAAAGAGUGUACAUACUAUGUAAAAACAGGGCAGUGUAAAUUUGGUGCAACUUGUAAAUUCCAUCACCCGCAGCCAGCUAGCCUACAAAUCCCAGCACAGUCACUGGCUCCGCAAGUUACACCCGUGCCUGCUUCAGUAACAGCUUCCGCAUUAUAUCCCACAGUGCAGUCUCCAUCUGUUCCUUCUACUCAACAGUAUGGAUUAGUAGUUGCAAGGCCUCCUCUUCUGCCAGGCUCUUAUGUGCAAGGUCCUUAUGGUCCAAUGCUGCUUUCCCCAGGUUUAGUUUCCUAUCCGAGUUGGAGUCCAUACCCGGCACCUGUAAGCCCAGUUGCAUCUCCCAGCACUCAGCCGGGAGUUGGAUCAGGCUCCGUGUAUGGGAUAACACAGUUAUCUCCUUCAGCACCUGCUUAUACAGGUGCCUAUCAACCCAUGCCUACUUCAAUUGGUCCAUCCAGCAGCAGCCAGAAGGAACACUCAUUUCCAGAAAGACCUGGCCAACCAGAAUGCCAGUAUUACAUGAAAACUGGCGAUUGUAAAUUUGGAUCAUCAUGUAGAUAUCAUCAUCCUCCAGAAUUGAUUGCACCAAAAACCACUGUUGUUCUUAGCCCUAUUCGCCUUCCUUUGCGUCCGGGUGCACCGAUUUGUGCUCACUAUACACAAUGGGGACAGUGCAAGUUUGGACCUGCAUGCAAAUUUGAUCAUCCGAUGGGAACAUUGAGUUACAGUCCAUCUGCAUCUUCUCUUGCUGAUAUGCCUGUUGCACCUUACCCUGUGGGCUCUUCAAUUGGUACUCUAGCCCCAUCAUCGUCAUCUUCGGAAUUGCGACCUGAACUUAUUUCAGGGUCAAGCAAGGACUCCAGUUCAACCAGGAUGUCUUCAUCAUCAAGCACAUCUAGCGGAUUGGUGGGUUCAACCUUUUCAAAGAGUGGGCCUGCUCCUCUUUCUGGUGUGCAACAGUCUAGCCAGAGCUCAGGCACUUCAACUGGGAGCAGCAGCAGCACAGAGGCCCAUACCUCAAUAUAGGCAAAAUAUCAAACAACUUUUUGAUCAAAUUCAUGAAAACAUAUAUUUUUUUUUUGCCCUUCCUUUUUCAAUCCCUCAAAUAGGAGGCUUCAUUUCUCAGCCACAAUGGUACCAUGAUUCAGGUCUAGAACACGUUAGGUCUGAUAAUUGUGUUCAUAUAAUCUUACGGCGAUCCCUUUUGUCUUAAUAAGCUAUGGCCAACCCUCAAAAUGUUCAGCAAAACUCCACAUAUCCUUCUGCCUUUCUUUUAAAUAACCACCAAAGUCUGGAGUUCCCUUAGGUAAAUCUCUGUCUACUCUCCAAUUUUUGGAGUUUGUUGUGUUUAUUUAUGCUGCAAUCCUUUUAAAAAAUGAAAUUGAUCAGUCCUAUAGCAUUCUUCGUUUUACAUCAUCUGUGUCUUCAUGUCCAUCAUUUUACAGUUUUCUUUACAUUUGGGAACAGGCUUCCAAUUUUUCUAGAAAGGAAUUUGAGGUUUCCUUUUUCCCCCUCUUUUUGUCUGGGGUUUAUUGUGAAGAGGAGAAGUAAUUACAGAAGACUCAAAAGGAAACAUCCAAAUGCUACCUUACAUGUGAUUAGGUACAUAGUUAUGUUGUGAAAAUUGAAAUGCUCGACAUUGGUAUUGAUAAAUUUAUUAUGAAAUAUGAAUAUAUGAAGAAUCA